AUGUGCGUAUUCCAUGGUGUGUUCCACGAUAAUCCUAAAAGUGAAAACGGUAUGCCAGCAAAGCAAGUACCAUCAUCCCCUGGUAAUAAUUUCUCAAGUCAUCUACCAUCACGACUUACCGAGCUACUUUUAAAAGGCCAUAUAGGAAAGCAGAAAACGAUGUCUGAUAUGCAGGGUUCAGGCAGUACUCCUUUCACUUUUUAUGCGUUUUAUCAGCUAUACGCUCAUUUCAAUAAUGAGGCAGUAGGACUAACGUUUGAUACUAUUAAAAGUAAGAUAUAUCCAAGAUACGCCUUAGCGAAUGGCAAGGAGAAAGAACACUCGUCAUUGUUUGUUACCUGGAAGAAGUUAGGAAUGGACAAGACAUAUCAACUUCGUGGGUGUAUUGGUACAUUUUCAAAGCUACCACUAUUGAGAGGCAUCGAAAAGUACUCUCUUAUUGCGGCACUACAAGAUUCGAGAUUCUCUCCUAUUGGAGCGACGGAAUUGCCAAAGCUGAAGUGUAGCUGUAACAUUCUGUCAAACUUUAAGUCGAUUUACGCUGAUGGGACGGGGGAUAUUUACGAUUGGAAGAUAGGGAAGCACGGGGUGGAGCUUUUAUUCACACACCCGAAGACUGGUAAGACUUGCAGUGCCACAUUCCUGCCUGAAGUGAUGGAGGAGCACAACUGGACUCAGAUUGAAACGUUUGAGAACCUUAUUGAGAAGGCUGGGUGUUGGCAAUAUGUUGAGCAAAUAAUGGAGAACUAUGAUCAGUAUUUCAUCGAGGUUAUUAAAUAUGAAGGGGACAAAUCCGAGCUUACGUAUGAUGAAUUUGAGAGCCUCUUGAGCAAAGUUUAA